AUGAGUGAGGCAUUUGAUCAAAUGAAGAUGGUUAAGGAUGUUAUGGCCAACACUGAUAAAGUUUCAGAGCUUCUGAAGGAGUCUACUCAUCAAUUCUACCUGCUUACUUCACCAACUUUCUUACCAAAGGUGAAGGAUCAAAGGAAAUUUACUCUCCCUUGCACACUUGGGCAUCUUGAGCUUGACAAUGCCUUGGUGGAUUCUGGAGCAAGCAUCAAUCUGAAAUCUCUCUCAAUGGCAGAAAACCUAGGGAUUUCUGGAGCUUUGCAGCGCCCUACUACAUCAAUCAUGUUUGGAGAUGCAACUUCUAAGUCUCCUCUUGGUGUGUUCAAGAACUAUCACUUGAAAAUUGGAGAAUGCAUCAUCCAAACUGAUCUUACUGUCAUGGAGAUGGAAGAAGAGAAGGAUCUACCUCUGCUAUUGGGAACCCCAUUCCUUAGCACAGUUGGCGCUUCAAUAGACUUUCACAAGCAAGAAGUGAUUCUUCACAAGGUGAAUAGUUUGGUGUCAUAUCACUUGCAGCCUAGAGGUUCAGACUUCUGUGCCACAAUUGAGAGUACCACUCUCAGUUCUAAGACUCAUGAAGCUCCAAAGCACCUUGUGUACUUGAUGAGGAGAGCCUCCAAGCUUUGUUUGAUGAGCCACUAG